CGAAGAUGAACAGUUCACCAAAUCGAACCACAAUUAGCAAAACUUUAACAAACACAACAAAUUAUUUUAAACAAUAUUGCUCGGCCACUAGUAUCCACGGAUUUCAGUAUUUUGGAGAGGAUAGAUCAAUUUUCGAAAAAAUAUGGUGGAGCUUAAUUUUCAUUAUUUGUCUAAGUGGCUGUUCUAUAAUGAUUUAUAAAAUUUAUGAAAAAUACGAAACUAGUCCUGUUAUUGUCAGUUUUGCCACUAAGGAAACUCCACUUUACAAAAUCCCAUUUCCGGCAGUUACGAUUUGUCCGGAAGUAAAAUCUGACGUAAGAAAAUUUAAUUUAACAAAUGUCUUCAUGAAGAAAAAAAAUAAUCUCUUAUUGUCUGAAACAGAAUUCAAAAAUUUACAGUAUAUGUCACUGCUUUGUGAUGAUAUAGACGAGUUUAGGGAUAUUUUAAUAAAUGAUACUUUGGACGAGUUCAGUGAUAAUAUACUGGAGAGUUUAGAUCAGAUAAAACCUGCAUUUUUGCCUAUUGAGUGUAAAUUUCUUGGUGAAGAAAACCAGAUUUGUGAAGAUUUGUUUAUACCCAUAUUCACCGACGAAGGUGUUUGUUAUACUUUCAAUAUGUUGGACCGUAGCCACAUUUUUACCGACAGAGUUUACAGAAAUCACUAUAAAGGUUACCAUAAAAUACCAAACGAUACGAAAUCGUGGAACAUGGAACAAGGAUAUUUAGAUAAUUCUAAGCUUUGGGUUUAUCCAUGGCGAGCUUUAUUUUCAGGAGCCAAUCACGGACUGAUUUUGUAUUUAGCCACGGAAGAGGAAAAUGUCGAAUAUAAAUGUAAAGGAAUUCAGGGAUUUAAAGUUGUUUUACACAGUCCUGUCCGAAUGCCUCGCCUGAAACAGGAAUAUAUUCGUAUUCCUUUAAACCAAGCUGUUGUAGCUUUAGUUCACCCAGUGGUGAUUGAGACAUCUGAAGCUGUAAAAACUUUCGAUCCUGAAAAACGCUUUUGCUAUUUCCCCACCGAACGAAAGCUUCAAUAUUUCAGGAGUUACUCGCAACAAAAUUGUCUUUUCGAAUGUUUAACAAAAAUUACUCUAAAAAUGUGUGAUUGUGUUUCAAUUUUUAUGCCAAGUAAUAAUAUGAUAUCGUUUUCUUUGAUAAUUGGAACGUUUAUAGGAGACAAUGGGACAAAAAUUUGUGGCUUAAGCAAACAAAAAUGUGUUAAACAAGCCGAAGAAGCAAUGCAUUUGGGAGAACUCAACGUUUUUCAUGAUGUCAAAAUAGAUUUUGAUGGAUGUGAUUGUAUGCCACUUUGUACAGAUUUGAGUUAUAAUGUAGAAACGUCGCAAACCCACUGGAAUUGGAAAAACGCACUAAAAGAAGAUUUAGAUCCAAAUAUAUUAAAAAAAUCGUUUCAUUUGUCAAGUCUGACGAUUUAUUUCAAAUUUAAUCAUUUUAUCACAUCUCAAAGACACGAAUUGUAUGGACCUACUGAUUUUGUGGCAAAUUUUGGAGGAUUGUUGGGAUUAUUUAUGGGAUUUUCCAUCUUAUCACUGGCGGAAAUUUUGUAUUUUUUCACAGUGAGGAUUUGUUGUAAUGUGAGAUUGUAUGGAAACUGGAUAGGACUUGAAGAAUAGUUUAUUAAAAAUAUUUUUUUUUAA